UCUGGAGCUCUGGAGUGGAAGCAGCGGAGAAGAGCUGAAGAACUUAAAGACGGGAGGAUCGAGCGAUGGGCUGCAUUCACAGCACCGGAGGAGGGAUGAAGACACGAGGAGGACCCGGGACCGGCCCGGGGGGACCCGACCCGGGAGGACCCCCCACGACCCCGGAGCCCCCGCUGCAUCCCGACAUCAUGCACCUGGCCGAGCUUGUCGGCGCGGGGAGCCACGCCUUCACGGAGAAGAGCUUCAGGAGGAAACGGGCGUGCGACGUGUGCAAGCAGAGCAUCGACAACCCCGGAGCUUUCUGCAAAGGGUGCAAGGCGGCGGUGCACAAGGCGUGUGAAGCCAAGGUGACUCCCACCUGUCCCUCGACGUCAGACCUGCUCGGCUCCUCCAAGGCCACGCUGCAGAGGAAGAGGAGCUCCUUGCCGAGGAGUAAGAGUGUGGAGCAGGUGAUGGAGAACGUGAUGGAGCGCCACUACGACUUUGACCUCACCUACAUCACGGAGAGGAUCAUCUCCGUCUUCUUCCUGCCGGAGCUGCAGGAGCAGCACUACCGCAGGAACCUGCAGGAGGUGGCCUCCAUGCUCAGGUCCAAGCACCAGGACCAGUUCUUGCUGCUGAACUUAUCAGAGAAGAGACACGACAUCACCCGACUGAACCCGAAGGUGCAGGACUACGGCUGGCCCGACGGCCACGCCCCGCCCCUCGACCGCAUCUGUGCCGUCUGUAAAGCCAUGGAGACCUGGCUGACCUCUGACCCCCACCACGUGGUGGUCCUGCACUGCAAGGGCCACAGAGGGAAGACGGGCGUCAUCGUGGCCGCCUACAUGCACUACAGCAAGAUCUCAGCCGGGGCCGACCAGGCGCUCACGACUCUCGCCAUGAGGAAGUUCUGUGAGGACAAGACUUCUUCGUCUCUGCAGCCGUCUCAGAACAGGUACAUCUAUUACUUUGGUGGGUUGCUGUCCAGCAGCAUCCAGAUGAACAGCAGUCCUCUGUUCCUGCACCAGGUCCUCAUCCCAUCGCUGCCCAACUUCCAGGCGGGAGGAGGUUUCUAUCCAUUCCUGAAGAUCUACCAGUCCCUGCAGCUCGUCUACACGUCGGCCGUCUAUGACCCUCAGGGCUCCAGGGCCAGGAAGCUGUGUGUGACGAUGCAGCCGGCUCUCCUGCUGAAGGGAGACAUCCUGGUGAAGUGUUUCCACCGUCGGAGUCGUUCCUCAGAGCGUGAGGUGGUGUUCCGGGUCCAGUUCCACACGGUCACCGUCCACGGGGCGCAGCUGUGGUUCGGCAAGACGGAGCUGGACCUGGCCUGCACCGACGACCGGUUCCCUCCGGACGCGACGGUCGAGUUCAUCUUCUCCAACGGGCCGGACAAAAUGAAAGGUCCAGAGUACCGUCAGAACGACGGCUCGGUGACGGUGGACGACGACGUGUCCGACCCGGUGGUGAGAUGGGAUUCAUACGAGGAAUUCAACCUGCAGCACCAGGACAGUGGAGAGAUCGUCUGUCACACUCGCGGUCCUCUGGACGGCAGCCUCUACGCUCAGGUGAGGAAGCGGCGUGGACCGGGCGCCACGGCGGCCAUCGGGGGCGUCGCCCGCAGCCCGACGGUCGUCAAGCCUCCGGCUCCCGGCCGCCCGGCGCCUCUCGCCCGGCACGCCCCCGACUCCGGCCGCCGCUCGCCCGCCGCCCGCCCGGAGGACCCGGAGAGAGAGGACGCCGCGAGGGAGAAGAAGAGCGGCGAGGAGGAGGACAGAGAGACGGCCAUUUUGGACGACGGAGACCCGCCGAGUCCCGGAGGCCCGCGGCGGGAACGCCCGUGCCGCGGCGGCGAGCUCGGCGUUCCCGACGCUCGCUGCCUCGCCCGCAGGAAGAACCCGAAGAGCCAGACCCUGCCGGCCCAGCCGGUGGCUCCGCCUCCUCGCGUGGAGCUCUGCCAUCGCCACAGCGUCCACCCUCUGCAGGAGUUACCGUGGGACCGCCCCCCCCCGCCGCCGCCGCCGCCAUGCCUCCUCCGGCCCUGCUGCCCUUACCCCGCCCCCGACCACGCCCACAGCCGCAACCUCCCGGCGCUGACCCGGCUCUGCUCCGGCGAGGAGUGUCACCUCCUCCGCUACCCGGCGGCGCCGUCUCACCUCUCCCACCAGUCGCUGCCCUCCGGCCCGUACAGGGAGGUGUUCUUCACGCCGCCGCCGCCGCACGCCGCCGCCGGCCGCUGCCCGUGUCGAGACUGCACCGUGAGGCGGGAGCACCAGUUCCGCCCCGACCAAUCGGAAAGCCCCUCUCGCUGGACGAGAGGGGCGCCGCCGUGGGAAAGCGAGAACCCGUGGGAGGCGGCGAGGGAGGCGGAGUUCUGGCAGCGUAAAUCCAACGCCGCCGCCGCGCCGGCGUUCCGCGCCGGCCGCUUCCCGGAGCCCCGGUAUGCCGUCGGCCCCCAUCAGGUGGGCCCCGCCCCCCGGUCCCUGGUGGACGGGCGCCGCACGCCGCCGCCCCCACGCCACUCCUGCCCCUGCUCUCCUUACCGGGCGUCGCCGGCCGAGAGUCACGAGAGCCGCGGAUACGCCUCAGGCUCCGCCUCCCCGAGGAGUCCGUCCCCCGUGAGGGAGCAGCACAGAGGGGAACAGGUCCACGUGGGCGACGACGUCUCUGAGGGUUCAGAAGGUCAACCGGAGUCCAACAGGAAGUCCAGCCCCCCCCCUGGAGGACUGGACUCCGACCAGGACUACACCGCCAUCGACGGCCCCGCCCACACGGAGGACAGGGCCGAGGCUCCUCCUCACGACCACCAGGAGGUGGGCGGGGCCGCCACGCCUGGAGAGACACAAAGCUCCUCCCAGCCAAUCGGUGAGCUCGGAGCAGCCGAGGGACCGACUUCCUGCCACGCCGCCGCCGUCGCGGUCCAGGUGCAGCUGAAUGGCGCGUCCCUUAGCCCCUCCCCCUCCCCCAGCCUCAGCUCCAGCCCGUCCACCACUUCCCCAAACUCCCCCGCCGGCUCCCCGGAGCUCUGGUGUUCCCAGAGUCCGACGCUGGAGCCGGACGCCGCCUCCUCGGAGCCGCCGUCCCCCGUGCCCGACGGCUACCAGACGCCGACCUUCCCUCUGGCGUCCUACUACUACCCGCUGCUGAGCGUGCCCCGCGUGCCGUACAGCGGCUACACCGCCGUCACCAUCCCCGCCCCCGCCGCCGCCGUGCAGCCGCCGCUGCCAGAGAAGAAGCGGCUCUCGUCCAACGGACACGGCGCUCCUCUCCGGGCCGCCGCCUCCUCGUCUUCGUCUUCGUCCCCUGUGCACCACGUCACCUUCUCCCCCUCCGCGGGGGAGCAGAGGCGAGGCUCCUCCCACCACGGCGGCAGGGAGGAGGCGGACGUCCGGGUCAACGCCAAGUUCGUGCAGGACAGCUCAAAGUUCUGGUACAAGCCGGGAAUCUCCAGAGACCAAGCCAUCGCCGUGCUGAGGGACAAGGAACCAGGAAGCUUCCUCAUCAGGGACAGCAACUCCUUCCAAGGCGCCUACGGCCUGGCCCUGAAGGUGGCCACGCCCCCUCCCAACGCCAACGCCACCGGUGGCAAAGGGGAUCCUCUGGAGCAGCUGGUGAGACACUUCCUCAUUGAGACCGGCCCCCGGGGCGUCCGGAUCAAGGGCUGUCAGAACGAGUCCUACUUUGGGAGUUUAUCUGCUCUGGUGUACCAGCAUUCCAUCACGCCCAUCUCUCUGCCGUGCGCCCUGCGCGUCCCAGAAAAAGAUCUGGUUGGGGAGCUUCAGGACCUGCAGAGCUCCACACACACCAGCACGGCGGCUGACCUCCUCAAGCAAGGAGCAGCUUGCAACGUGCUGUACCUGAACUCCCUGGAGACCGAGUCUCUGACGGGCCCCGAGGCCAUCGCCAAGGCCACCAAGAGCACGCUGGCCCUCAGCCCCCGGCCCCCGGCCACGGUGGUCCACUUCAAGGUGUCCUCUCAGGGCAUCACGCUCACUGACAGCAAGCGAAGGCUGUUCUUCCGGAGGCACUACCCCAUCAACAGCGUGACGUUCAGCAGCCUCAACCCACAAGACCAGAGGUGGACUAAUUCUGAUCGCACGUCCAGCAAGAUGUUCGGCUUCGUGGCGCGGCGGGCCGGCAGCGCCACGGAGAACGUGUGCCACCUGUUUGCAGAGAUGGACCCGGAGCAGCCGGCCGCGGCCAUCGUCAACUUCAUCAACAAGGUCAUGCUCGGGCCUCAGCUGCGCAGAUGAGGGACCGCUGUGGACCAACGGGGGGGGGGGGCAGAUGAGUCCAGAUCGGACAGUUACGGUUUGGAUAAGCCAAAGACUGACUUUGUGACCUUUUGCCAAAAUAAGAUUUUUUAAUAAGACUUUAUUUUUUGGGGGUGGUUGUUUUUUUAAUUUAAUUUUAGCUUUUUUGUGCUUUUUUUGUUUGUUGUAAUUCUGUUUCAUAACAGUUCACAUAAUGUACAAAGGUCAAGGGGAAGUGCCUUCAGGUACAUUUUAAACUCGGUGGCUGCAGACAUGUUUGUUUACAUCAUGCAAAUAUAAUGUUUAAAUUAAAUAUAAUCAAAAAUACAGCAGAAUAUAAUGCUGGAGCUUCCUGAAAAAUAUAAAACACACACAGAUUGAUGGUUUAAAUCAAUAUUAUGUCACCGAUAAAUACAUGAUAUUUAAGCGUGGACAGGACCUUUAAUACGUACGACAUAUAGCUAUAAAUACCAUAAAGCUAUAAAUACCAUAAAGCUUUAAAUACCAUAAAGCUAUAAAUAAACAGCCUUAUUCUGUGAAGUUGAAGAUCAAAGGAUUUUUGGUGAUGCAUGACUCACUGAUCCAGGACCAGAACGUCACAUAUAAGUCUGUUUAUGUCCAUAUUUAAACUUCCAGUAUCCGUGGCACGAAGUUUCAUUUUAAAGCCAAAGACUUCAUUAUUAUGUGAAGAUAUUUUGAAAGUUUGAUUUUUGUGUUUUGUAUUUUUUUAUUUAUUUAUCAACACAUGGUUUGUUGUUGGUGUUUGUGUGUUUUAUAAAAAGCUAAGUUACAAUAUUUGGAUGACUUUAUUCUUUGGAUGACUUUAUAGCGCAAUUUUUUUUUUUCAUAAUGAUUUUUUAAUGUUUAAAAAAAAUAAAGUAAUAUAUGUUAUGCCUCUGAGGAGAAUGGUGUUUCUUAUAUUGUAUAUUUGACAGGACAUUUAAGUAAUAAAAUAUAAACAAAUGAAA